AUGUCAACUACUAUAUAUGAUGAUCAUUAUAUAAAAAUGACUAAAGUUUUUAAAUCCAUACAUUCUCAAACUAAAUUAAAGGUUUAUGAGGUUUUAUUUGCUAGUUCAUUUAUACUAAAUUUCUUACUUGGUCGACUCAUUCAUUUUUCAGCUCCAGAUGAAGAAGUAUAUAAUUAUUAUAAUGAUAAACGGAAUAUAUUGAAUCAAUGGUUUGUUAAAAGAGGUUGGGGCUGGACUACAUUAGUGAUUAUUUUAUUUUAUUCUAAUAUCAUCUAUAAACAAUAUGUCAAUAGUACUACCACCACCAAAAACAACAAACAAACACUUAUUAUUAAGACGAUUCGUAAUGCAAUAAUUAAUUAUAUUGUUGUUACUAUAUGGUGGAUAUUUUUCACUCAAUGGUGUUUUGGAUUACCAAUAAUGGAUAAAAUAUUUGUUUUAACUGGAGGUAAAUGUAGUAUUGAUAUCAAUAAUACUGCAAAUUCUUUUACAACAACAUCAACAACAGUAUUUACUCCUAAUCAUCAUAUUCAUCCAAGUUUUGUUCAAAAAUUAGAAAAUAUUUGGGAAUCAACGGGGAUAACAUCAUAUAAUUGUCGUAGAAUUAAAGGAAGUCAAUGGAUAGGUGGUCAUGAUCCUCUGGGUCAUGUAUUUUUAAUGAUUCAUUCAUCAUUAUAUUUGUUUAAUGAAAUGAUUAAUUAUUGGCCUAAUUGGUCAUAUAUUAAACAUAAUAUUUCUCAAUUAUUAACAAGUACUAGACCUUUAACUAUUAAUGAUAGAUUAUUAUUAUUAUGGAAUACUCCACAAUUGAUAAUUAUAGGUUUAAUUGGAUUAUGGUGGUUUAUGUUAUUAAUGACAAAUAUAUAUUUCCAUCUGAGUUUAGAAAAAUUGGUGGGUUUAAUAUUUGGUUAUAUUGGUGUAGCAGGAUUAUAUUGGAUACCGAGAUGGUUAUCAUAA